AAGCGCGCAGUUUUACUGGUAGCUGGCAUACGCUAGUAUGGCCAGUACAGAAAAUUCUUUCCUGCGAGUACAUUUUUAUUACACCAUGGGAACCAGGGUUGCUUAUCAGAGCAAGAAUCGAGUCAUCGAUGGAUCUUUUUAUCUUAUUUUCUCGACUUUUUGUCAACCAGACUUUUGACUCUCUUUUUUUUCCCUCCUCUUGCGGUCAUAUUUCGAUCAUUUUAUUUUAUAAAGGAGCUGACCCCUGAUAGAAACAUCGAUUCAAUAUCACCCAGCUCCUCUAUCUUUGUUCUUAGCAUUAGCUUAGAACCCCCACGUCAAGAUGGCCACCGAUACCGGCUCUCGUCCUUGCUGUAGCAGCCACACAAGCGAUGAUAAUAAUACCAAUGGAGUCACAAUUGCACCAAAUGGUAUGAGCAUUUCACAAUUCAGACCGAGAAAAUUGACAGCCAUUUACUGAUAAUUAUUCUCAUUGUAGGCAAUCAUGAAGGCUUCACCGCAGUUCAGACCCGCCAGAACCCUCACCCACACAUCUCAAGAAAUCCGUACGGCCACAAUGCCGGUGUGACAGAUUUCCUCAGCAAUGUCUCGAGAUUCAAGAUCAUUGAGAGUACUCUAAGAGAGGGAGAGCAGUUUGCCAAUGCCUUCUUCGAUACUGAGAAGAAAAUUGAAAUUGCAAAGGCCCUGGACGAUUUUGGUGUAGAUUAUGUGAGUCAUGACUUUCUGGAGUUCACCCAGACAUAGACAUUGUUUAACUGACCAAAGUUGUACGUCAAUAGAUCGAACUCACCUCGCCAUGCGCCUCUGAGCAGUCGAGAAAGGACUGUGAAGCUAUCUGCAAACUUGGAUUGAAGGCAAAGAUCCUCACACAUAUCAGAUGUCAUAUGGACGAUGCCCGGAUAGCGGUAGAUACUGGUGUCGAUGGAGUGUAAGAUAAUUCAUUCCUGGGCGACCACUCUGUCAGUAUCUUGCUGACUCAGGCUAACGCUCAUUAGCGACGUUGUUAUCGGUACUUCUUCCUACCUCCGUGAGCACUCUCACGGCAAGGACAUGACCUAUAUCAAGAACACCGCCAUCGAGGUCAUCAACUUCGUUAAAUCCAAGGGCAUUGAAGUCCGCUUCUCAAGCGAAGACUCCUUCAGAUCAGACCUCGUUGAUCUUCUCUCAAUUUACUCUGCUGUCGAUCAAGUAGGUGUCAACCGUGUUGGUAUCGCCGACACAGUUGGUUGUGCCUCCCCACGCCAGGUGUACGAGCUCGUCCGUGUGCUGCGUGGUGUUGUCAAGUGUGACAUUGAGAUCCACCUGCAUAACGACACAGGAUGUGCGAUUGCCAACGCAUACUGUGCCCUCGAAGGAGGCGCCACGCACAUUGAUACUUCCGUUCUAGGUAUCGGUGAGCGAAAUGGUAUCACCCCGCUUGGUGGUUUGAUGGCCCGUAUGAUCGCCGCGGACCGCGACUAUGUUCUCAGCAAAUACAAGCUGGAGAAGAUCAAGGAUAUCGAAGACCUUGUCGCUGAAGCAGUCCAGGUCAACAUUCCCUUCAACAACCCCAUCACCGGUUUCUGUGCCUUCACCCACAAGGCUGGCAUCCACGCCAAGGCCAUUCUUAACAACCCCAGCACCUAUGAGAUUAUCAACCCGGCCGACUUUGGCAUGACACGUUAUGUGCACUUUGCCUCUCGCCUCACAGGCUGGAACGCCAUCAAAUCUCGAGCUCAGCAGCUCAACCUUGACAUGACUGAUGCACAGUACAAGGAGUGUACAGCCAAGAUCAAGGCUCUUGCCGACAUCCGGCCCAUUGCCGUCGACGAUGCAGACAGCAUCAUCCGUGCAUACCACAGAAAUAUCAAACUUGGUGAGAACAAGCCGCUUCUAGAGUUGACUGAAGAACAGACGGCAGAGUUUGCUGCGAAGGAAAAGGAGCUUGCAGAAAACGGCGUUGAAGUUUCGGCAUGAUCGAUAGUCGAAAUGCAGUCGGUUUGGAAAACGGUCGCGCCAUUCUUCUCGGCCACGCCUGCAUGGUAAUCUCGUUGGUACGUAACUACCUCCAGGGCGAGCGAGCUGGGGAGAAUCAAGACCAAAAAAGAAGGUCAUGGAUAUGGUAUCAAUUGAGCAAUUGGUGUCCUUGGGCGUGCAUAGGAAAAAUUAAGAGAACAGGCACCGCGGCAGCCUUGGGAGAGAACGAGAGGAAAAUGAGGGACAAAGGUGCGGAAAUACGAGAUUUCGGCCUGUAUCCCUCCUCCGCGCAUACCCUAGUCCUCCAAGUGUUUUUUUCUUUCUUUCUUUUUCUAUCUUUUUUGUAAUUAUCACUUUAUUUGUCUCGCCUUUGGUCCGGCCAUAAAAAAUAUCAUCUUUUCCCAUCA